AUGCCUGCAGGUCACCUGUCUUCCUUGAUGGCCGCCAUGUCGCACGACCCACUAUUCGCACAACAACUAGUGUUCAAACCAUACUCAUACUACUACCAAGGCAUGUACCCUCCAACAACCACAAAACAACAACAGUCAAGGCACACCGGUGUAGGGGACAUACUCGCACAACAUUGGACCAAUGGAAUCGAGCGCACAGCCAAAUCAACUGGCGCAUGCAUGCUCCACGCAGGUAGUGUAGGUGCUGCAAACACUAGUGUACAGCCAUGGGUACCAUUACGAAUACAGUCAAGGCAAAAGGAGGGAGAGUCCAUCCGAGCAUAUUAUGACCGGUUCACCUUAGCGACUUUAAGCGACCCAGGCCAUGAAGAAUUCUUAGUCACAAGCACCUUCGCCCAAGGGUUACUCACAGGCCCUCUGUCAGGAAAAAUGCAAGGUACAAUACCGAAAUCUAGAGACGAGCUUAAAUACAGGGUCGAGAAAUACUUUCGAUUGAUCAAAGGAGAAGAACACAAACAAGCAAAUUUAAAGGUUGUAUUGAAUGCCUACCACAAACAAGAACGGCCGACUCCUAAUCCUGCCACAACCAUAAAGAGCGCAAUAAUGGAAACCACGACAAAAAGAGCAUACAUUCGAGAAAUUCAUCCCGCAGAUUCCGCCCGUUCAUCAAAUACGACCUGA